CUUAACGCAGAGCAAAAUGCACUGAAACAUCCUGCGGGAUCGUUUACUAUUUCUGCCCGAAUGCAAUGAAAGAGAAGCGCUGGAACAAUGUAGCUGCGGUCGUGAUCCGUGCCGGAAUUCAGGCCUUUAUUCUGAGAGAAAUGCGGAAUCUUUUCAGCUGGGGGUUUUAAUGCGGAGAAAAACCUAGAAAAUGAAGAAACAGUUCAACCGAAUGCGCCAGCUCGCCAACCAGACCGUUGGCAGGGCGGAAAAAACAGAAGUAUUAAGUGAUGACCUGCUACAGGUGGAGAAGCGGCUGGACCUGGUGAAGCAGGUUUCCCACAGCACACAUAAAAAGCUCACCGCCUGCCUGCAGGGACAGCAAGGGGCCGAGGUGGACAAGAAAUCGGUCAAGUCCCCUUCGAAAAAGUUGCCUCUGACCACACUGGCACAAUGCAUGGUUGAGGGAGCAGCAGUAUUAGGAGACGAUUCUUUGCUCGGUAAGAUGUUGAAUCUUUGUGGUGAGACUGAGGAGAAGCUGGCACAGGAACUCCUUGUCUUUGAGUGCCAGAUGGAGAGAGAUGUAGUGGACCCUCUCUACAGUCUUGCUGAAGUGGAGAUUCCUAACAUACAGAAACAAAGAAAACACCUAGCCAAGCUCGUUCUGGAUAUGGAUUCAGCACGGACAAGGUGGCAGCAGUCAUGCAAGUCCUCCAGUCACCCCAGCAAUCUACAGCCGGUGGGGGCCAAAGCAGACUCCCUCCGAGAAGAAAUGGAAGAAACGGCCAAUCGCAUGGAGAUCUGCAGGGACCAGUUAUCAGCGGACAUGUACAACUUUGUGGCCAAAGAAAUAGACUAUGCAAACACCUUUCAGAUGCUUAUAGAGAUUCAGUCGGAGUAUCACAGGAAGUCUCUGGAGAUUCUGCAGAGUGUGUUGCCUCAAAUCAAAGCUCACCAGGAGGAUUGGAUAGAGAAGCCAUCGUAUGGAAAGCCGUUAGAGGAGCACCUGACCCUCAGUGGCAGAGAAAUAGCCUUUCCUAUCGAAGCAUGUGUCACCAUGCUGUUGGAGUGCGGCAUGCAGGAGGAGGGUUUGUUUCGAGUGGCCCCAUCUGCCUCCAAACUGAAGAAGCUAAAGGCAUCGCUGGACUGCGGGGUUAUGGACGUGCAGGAGUACUCUGCUGAUCCACACGCUAUAGCAGGAGCCUUGAAGUCGUAUCUCCGUGAACUCCCUGAACCUCUAAUGACCUCUCAACUCUAUGAUGAAUGGAUUCAGGCUUCGAAUGUCCAAGACAUGGACAAAAGGCUUCAAGCCCUGCUGGCUUCAUGUGAGAAACUUCCAACAGCCAAUUUAAACAAUUUCAGAUACUUGAUUAAAUUCUUAGCCAAGCUCACUGAGUACCAGGAUGCCAACAAAAUGACGCCUGGUAAUAUUGCAAUAGUAUUGGGACCCAAUCUGCUAUGGUCUCAUUCCGAAUCAAACAUGACAGAAAUGAUGACCACUGUGUCUCUGCAAAUCGUCGGUAUCAUUGAGCCAAUCAUCCAGCACGCCGACUGGUUCUUCCCAGAAGAUAUCGAGUUCAACCUGACCGGCAGCUACGGCAGCCCUAUCCAUACCAACCACAACUCCAACUACAGCUCCAUGCCCUCACCAGACAUGGACCAAUCCGACCGCAAGCAGUCUCAUGACCAGAGCCGACGCCCCCUCAGCGUUGCCACUGACAACAUGAUGAUGGAGUUUUACAAAAAGGAUGGCAUUAGGAAAAUACAAAGCAUGGGAGUUAGGGUCAUGGACACUUCCUGGGUGAAAGGAAAAGGUGCGUCAACUCUGGCUCGGAAAGCCUCGUCCACCCCUCCCAGCGCCCAGCCGCCCGGAUCACCCGCCGACCCCUUUGUCUCUGAACAGCCCGGGGAGCUAAACAUCUCCCCGACUCCCACCACUCCUCCAGUGGACAGGGCCAGCUCCAACGAGGUGUCGCCCCAUCGGCCGGACCCCUCUCAUGCUCAUGCGCCCCACGGGGAGGAGCGUCCGCCCCCUCCUUACCCUUCCUCCUCUCCCUCCUCCACCACAUCCUCCCACACCCCUCACCACUUCUACCCAAAGCCGCCUCCAUGUGCACGGCCAGUGGCGCCAGGCCCGGAGUCACAGCCCCCUGACUCCCCACCUCCCCAGUUACGCUGGUCCGGCUAUGGCCCUCCUCAGCCCCAGGUGCCCCCUUCUUCCUCCUCCUCCUCCUCCUCUUCUUCUUCCCUCGACAUCAACUCUAACCCCAAGCCCAGCUGCCUGCAUUUUCCCAAACACGGCCCGGCAUGCGAGCUGCCGGAUGUGAACACUUCCCCUCUCUACGUUAAAACACCCCUUGUUUUGACCCGCAACGAGGUCUCCCUGGGAAACGCCCCUAGCCUUCCUUCAUCCGGCCCCCCUCCGUGGGCUGCCUGUCCAUGUGCCCGCGACCGAGGACCUCCCAGGCUUCCUAGCACUCUGAAGAGCAAGGAGCUCUCGCCUGUGAUUGGCCAUAAGGUCAUGCAGGCGGCAGGACAGACGGCGCCACCCAUAUGCCAGCAGAGCAACAGUCAGUCACCACAUUCGGCCGAACACAGCCCGCACACUCUGCGCAAAGGCUCAAGAAAAAUGGCCCCAGUGCCGCCCAAGGUCCCGUAUGGCCAGUCAGGGGCGAUGUCCGACCAGUCCACAGGUCAGCCGUCCCCGGUCAGCCUGUCCCCCACUCCCCCAAGCACUCCAUCCCCGUAUGGCCUGGGCUGCGCCCCGGGACAACUGCCCGCCUCCUCUCCCGGGCAGGGUCCGCUGGGCACGCCCCACUCUCUCCUGUCCUCUCCCCCGUCUCUGACCGGCACACUCAACAAGUCGCGACCGGCCCCCAAACCGCGGCAGAGACCCAGCCUGCCCCCUCCGCAGCCACCCUCCAACCCUCCCAGUGCGCCCCAGCCAAUGGAGCAGGGCCUGCUGGAUGGAUUGUCCCCCGGGGAGAGCAUGUCCACAGCAGAUCUCUUCAGCUUGGAAAUCCCCUCCAUCAAUGUCAAUCUGGACAGCCUGCUGGACGAGUUCAGGGUGGGGGCGCCGUGCCGGAUCUUCCUGGCCAUGGCUGACUCUCCGGAGGGGGAGCGCGUCACCGAGGAGGAGUCGCAGAGCACCACGCUGUAACCCCAGCCAGCGGCAGCCUAGCCCUGCCAAGCUCCCCCACCUUCAGCCGACAACCAGGCUUCCAUCGGCCCCACCCAAGCGUACCUUCACCACCCGAGCUGGACCCCUGACCCAACUCAAAAACAUGCCUGCUGCAACCUUCAUGUGAAUCAGUAACCAGAAUACUGCCACCUCUUCUCACUGAUAAGUAGAUACAGUAUGAAAUAACACCUACAGACGUGCCAUAACUAAGACAAGGAAUGAAAGACUCUACGAAUGUUCCAGAUUUUUUUGU